UGGUUUGUGUCUUUUGGAAUAAAAAUUCAUUUAUCCCAAAGAUUUUUAAAAAGGGAGCUGCUUUAAUCCUCAAACUUCAAAAACCAUAUCCGAUUAAUGAAAGCUAUCACUUUUCUUUCACGCCACUUUUCAACUAACAAACAACUACAAAAUCUUGUUUCAUCAGUACAACAACCCCUAUUUGUCCCUCAGAUUGCAGCUUUCGCGGCAGAAUUUUGUGCUAGGAUUUUGGAUCAACGCCCAGAUAUCAGAACACUGAAAAGACUCCACUGUAAGAUUUUGACCGACCAACGUCUCCGCUGGAAUACAACUCUUGGUAUCAAAUUGAUGAUAGCUUAUGCUGCUUGUAGUGAACCUGGGCUCACACGCAAAAUAUUUGAUGAAAUUACUGACAAGAAUGUUGUUUUCUUUAAUGUCAUGAUCAGAAGCUAUGUUAACAACCAUCUAUACCAUGAUGCUUUAUUCAUUUACAAAACCAUGUCUAGCCAAGGAUUUGAUCCUGAUAUUUACACUUACCCUUGUGUCUUAAAGGCAUCUUCUGGCUCUGGUCGCUUGUCAGUAGGUAUGCAAAUUCACACUGCUGUUUUGAAAUUUGGGCUUGACUCGAAUCUAUUUAUAGGGAAUGGACUAGUCGCCAUGUAUGGGAAAUGCAAGUGUUUGAAGGAGGCUCGACAAGUGCUGGAUGAGAUGCCGCGCAGAGAUGUGGUUUCUUGGAAUUCAAUGGUUUCUGCGUGUGCACAAAAUGAACAAUUCAACGAUGCAUUAGAACUUUGUAGGGAAAUGGAGGCUUCAAAGUUAAAAGCUAAUGCUUGCACAAUGGCUAGCCUCUUGCCAGCCGUGACUAACACAUCCUUUGAUAAUGUUUUGUAUGUUAAGGACAUAUUUAUGAAGCUGGCAACAAAGAGUGUGAUUUCUUGUAAUGUGAUGAUUGCUGUGUAUGUGAACAAUACAAUGCCUAAAGAAGCAGUGGACCUAUAUUUAGAGAUGGAAGUGAAUGGUAUUGAACCAGAUAUUGUCUCUGUUGUUAGUGUUCUUCCUGCCUGUGGAGAUCUUUCAGCUGUGACAUUAGGAAGGCGAAUUCAUGAAUAUGCUGAUAGGAAGAAAUUCCGUCCAAAUUUGCUUUUGGAGAAUGCAUUAAUUGAUAUGUAUGCUAAAUGUGGAUGUUUAUGGGAUGCAAGGGCAGUGUUUGAUCAAAUGCAGUUUCGGGAUGUUGUUUCAUGGACUUCUAUGAUCACAGCUUAUGGUAUGAGUGGCCAGGGUCGUGAUGCUGUCGCUGUAUUUGAAAAAAUGCAGAACUCAGGUUUGAGUCCAGAUUCUAUUUCUUUUGUUUCUGUUUUAGCAGCCUGCAGUCAUGCAGGAUUAUUAGAUGAGGGACAGUAUUACUUUAAUUUAAUGUCUGAUUAUGGGAUAAGUCCAAAGUUAGAGCACUUUGCUUGCAUGGUAGAUCUGUUAGGACGUGCUGGAAAGAUAGAUGAGGCCUAUGGCUUUAUAAGACAGAUGCAGGCAGAACCUAAUGAAAGAGUUUGGGGGGCUCUGUUGAGUGCUUGUCGAGUUUACUCCAACAUGAAUAUUGGGCUUUUGGCUGCUGAUCAACUUUUCCAAUUGGUUCCUGAGCAGUCAGGUUAUUAUGUCUUGUUGUCCAACAUUUAUGCUAAGGCUGGAAGAUGGCAAGAUGUUGCAGCCAUCAGAUCAAUCAUGCAGAACAGAGGAAUAAAGAAAGUGCCUGGAAUUAGCAAUGUUGAGAUCAAUAAUCAUGUUCACACCUUUCUUGCCGGUGACCAGUCGCAUCCUCAGUCGAAAGGGAUCUACAAAGGGCUGGAUGUAUUACUCGGAAAAAUGAAGGAGGUUGGUUAUAUGCCUGAGACUGAUUCUGCCCUUCAUGAUGUGGAAGAGGAGGAUAAGGAAUGCCAUCUAACAGUUCACAGUGAGAAGUUGGCUAUUGUCUUUGCCAUUAUAAACACCAAUCCUGGUACUCUAAUUAGAGUUACCAAGAAUCUUCGUGUUUGUGGAGACUGCCAUGUUGCUGCAAAGCUUAUCUCCAAGAUUGCAAAACGUGAAAUCAUCAUCCGAGAUACUCAUCGUUUUCACCAUUUUCAUGAUGGGGCUUGCUCUUGUGGUGACUACUGGUGAUUGAUUUUAAGCUCACCUGAAAUUAUGGUGCGGCGCUAUGCUUCCUUACAUUAGUCUUUUUCUAUGGGAUCCAAGUCGACCAGGCUAUAGUCACCAGAAGGUGGUGUUUGUUUUGGGCCAACGCUGUAAUGUCCGUCCCAUGAAGCAUGGCGCAUUCCUGGCCUGCUGGGACUCCAGUGUGCAUGGCUGUAUAAUCUAGAACUAGAAUUUAGUUGACUUGGGAUAUAUAAAUAUAUCACCAGGUCCCUGACUAGAAAAUUGGUUUUGGUUUUUAAAUAGCCAAUUAAAUGCUAGCAAAUGGGUAAUUAUGGUUGUUUAUGGAUAACAAAUACUGUAAUAGUGUAAUAACAAGUGUAAUAGUGUAAUAAAAAAGAAUUCAAUUGAUGACAGGCAUUAAUAAUGA